AGAAGAACAAAGGGAAAGAGCAAGGAAGUCCAGUUACCAACAGGACAAUUUGUAACACCUUUAUUACCAUCAGAGGCCAUGUCCGAUUCCGAAAAACAACCGGAGGAAAAGGAAGAACCUAAGAAAAAUGUCAUCGCGACGAAAGUUACCGGCACAGUAAAAUGGUUCAACGUCAAAAGCGGAUAUGGCUUCAUUAACAGAGAUGACACCAAAGAAGAUGUAUUUGUCCAUCAGACUGCCAUCACCAAGAACAACCCUCGUAAAUACCUCCGAAGUGUUGGUGAUGGUGAGAAAGUCGAGUUUGAUGUCGUAGAAGGAGAAAAGGGAAAUGAGGCAUCCAAUGUGACUGGACCUGAGGGCAAUCCUGUCCAGGGCAGCAAGUAUGCUGCUGAUCGCCGUCGUUAUCGUGGCUACUACAAAGGAGGACCUGGAGGCCGUCGAUUCCCACCUUACUCUCGCAAUGGUGAGGGUGGUGAGGGAGAAGAAACAGAAGAAGGGGAAGAGAGACAGAGGCGCCCCGCAGGACCACCUCGACGAAGGCCAUACCGUGGAGGAUACUUUGGUGGUUACCGUGGUUACUUCCGUGGGAGCAAUUACCGCAGGGGCCCACUGAGACCACCCCCAAGGUACCAGAACCAUGGGGGACAGAUGGUAGAAGAGGACGGGCAGUACAUGGAUGAUCAAUUCCGUCGUCGUCGUCGACCCUUUGGCUACCGAUUCUACCAACCACGAAACCCAAGGUACUAUGGCCAGGGUGGUGAGGAUGACGGAUCAUUCAGGGGCCGUCCUUAUAGAGGAAGAGGACGCGGCGGUCGGGGGCGUGGCAGAGGCCGUGGAAACUCAAGGAAGAGGAUAAACAAAGAUAACCAAGAAACCAACAGCCAGGAGGGAGGAGAUUCUAACGAUGCCGGUGCUGAAUCCUCAGGCGCAGGAGAUGAACGAAAUGAUGGAGGAGAGCAGGUCGAGUAAGCAUCUCUCGCCGGCAACCAUCUUGCAUCACCAUCCAAGAACAUAUUAUGAUAAACCUUUGUAGUCCAGCAGUCUAGAAUCCUGCAUCUGUGUAUUGCUUUAAUCACAUGGCCUUUUUCCUUAUGUAUUUAAAAUCUUGACAUGGCCGACUUGACGUAACCAACGCAGGAGCAGAUAGCGGCAGGUCUAAAAAUGUUCUCUUUUGUGUGUAGGAAGAAACACCAACUCACUCGACUAUGCAAAAAUAACAUGCCAUGAAUGAUAUAUAUAUAUAGAUAACUUUUCCUCCGAAGACAAACAGAUGAGAAAGGUUGAAAAUUUGUCUCUGAUGGCACACAUAAGAGAAAAGUUGAUGACUUUGACUCGGACGAUGAACUGAAGAGAAAAGUUGUUUGUGUGACUUUUACACAAUAAAUUAACAAAAAAAGAAAAAAAAAGAAAAAAUUAUACAAGGAACAAAAGAAUUUUUAUACUAAUAUUUAACAAAAAAAGAAAGCGGAAUGAAGUGCAUUUCAAUUCCAAACAUAUUUGAAGAAACUAUUUAACAAAAUAUGGCAAAUAUUGGAAUAGAUUAAAGUUGACUGACUUGGUGUUGCACGUUUUAUUAUGAUACCAAUGUUAUUUGAUAGUGCUUAAUAAUUGAAAUUUCUCACAGAGGUCUACAUCCAGUUUCUGUGUAGAUCCAAGAAAAAAAACCCAGGCGGCGAAUGAAAUUUUUACGUCUGAAAGACAAAAUUGUGCAUGAAAUAAACAUCUGCAUUGAAAAAAAA